AACCACACUCCAAACAAUUCACACCUCACUCACUGCCACCACCACCAUGCUGCAAACUUUGAAUCCUUACACCCCCACCGCUAAAACCGCUGAGAUCAUGGCCAGAUACCGGCCCAUAGCCCCUAAGCCACAGGCUUCAAAUGCGGCCGGUGGCGGUGGUGGUAACAGUCCUAACGCGGGUGGUGGUGAUGAGGGUUCCGGAUCUGGAUCCGGAGCAUCUGGCUCCAGAGUAUCUGGCUCUGGAUCCUGCUCAUCACCACCAUCCAUGUCUCCGACGAUCCGCCAGUCUCCCUACCUGAGAAACGUGUGGCCUCAUUUGCAGUUGAGGCCAACACGUACCAGGAAGAGAGGGCGAACGUCUCUAGGACCGCCACCGGCCGCUUUCAAAAGGCCCCGGACUCUCCUCCAGGGCCUUUCGCCGCCUUUCCAUAUCACCUCCCCACCGGCUCGAACCAUUUCGAUUCAGGGUUUUGCACCCACCACCCUAGUCACCCUCCCCCUCCUCCCAACCCACCCCAUGCAGUCACAACCUGACGUCAUCGACCUCAACAAAGCAGCUGAAAUCCCAGAAGAAAAAGACCUCCUUGCACAGUUGCAAAAACCCACCUCAAAUGUCAUCUCCCCUACACCGAACCGUCUCGUUUCGUCAACCGUCAGCAUCCGAGCCGUAAAACUAGACGACACCGGUUCAUCCGGUUCAUCUCGUCACAUAACUUUGAAAAAACCUGAAGAAAUUGAAAAGGAACUCGAGUCGCAGACGCUCCCCGCGUUCGUAUCCGACUCGAACAACCGGGUGCGGCUGGUGAACUCAAGCUACCAAAACAUGGUGGGUCAACCCAACUGCGGGUGGGUGGAGUCAAUGGUGACCGGUGAGGUUGCAUGCAGGAGCAUUUGUGGCAAUGUGGUGCUUGAUUUCGUUGAUCUGAAGGAUGAGGAUGAUGAUUUGCGGGUUUGUUCGGGCGGGUUUUCGUGCUGGGCGAGGAUCGAAUGGGGGGCGAAUGGGAAGAGGAAUAUAGUGAAUGCUUUUGGUGAAGGGAUGAGGGUGGCUUGUGAAUCAAAGGACUACAAGUUCGCAUGGAGGUUUCAUAGAAGACAAGGUGGUGCUGAUGUUUUGCAGGAUUAAGAUCACUUGCAGUUGCAAAGUGUAAUCCAAAAAGGGAAUGGCUAGAUUGUAUCUAUGUAGACGUAUAUUAAUAUAUAAAAAAUAGAUAUAAA